CACCCCACCCACAAAUUAAACACACCACCCUCAAUAUAUAUCAUCAUCAUCAUCCCCCAAUUCCCAACACCGCGACGUGCUUCCUAUAAAUUAACUCCCCCCGAUCCUCCUCCCAACCAUUCCACACCUUGGCAAUCAUGGGGAAGAAGACGACGACGUCGUCGUCGCCGUCGUGGAGCUCGCUGUUCGGGCUCGGCUGCUUCACCUCCUCCCACAGCGACGGCGGCUCGGCGGCGGCCAAGAACCCGGGGACGCCGCUGCCGGCGCGGCCGUCGUCGUGCAACAGCAACGACGGGGUGGCGGCGGCGGUGAUGCCGUCGCCGGAGGACCUGUCGCAGUCGCUGGCGGGGAGCGGGGUGGAGGCGUUCACGGUGGAGGAGCUGAGGAGGGCGACGCGGGACUUCUCGGUGAGCAACUUCGUGGGCGAGGGGGGGUUCGGGCCGGUGUACAAGGGGUACGUCGACGAGCGGCUCAAGCCCGGCGUGCGCGCGCAGGCCGUCGCCGUCAAGCUGCUCGACCUCGAGGGCUCCCAGGGCCACAAGGAAUGGCUGGCUGAAGUCAUAUUUCUUGGGCAAUUGAGACAUCAUCACCUCGUCAAGCUGAUCGGAUACUGCUACGAGGAUGAGCACAGACUUCUCGUCUACGAGUUCAUGGCUAGGGGCAGCUUGGAGAAGCACCUCUUCAAAAAGUACUCUGCGUCGCUGCCGUGGUCAACACGCUUGAAGAUCGCCAUUGGAGCGGCCAGAGGUUUGGCCUUCCUCCAUGAAGCUGCCAAGCCCGUCAUCUAUCGCGACUUCAAGACCUCCAACAUCCUACUCAACUCGGACUACGAAGCAAAACUUUCGGAUUUCGGACUGGCCAAAGAUGGGCCUCAAGAAGACGAGACACAUGUCUCCACUAGAGUGAUGGGCACACAGGGCUAUGCCGCACCAGAAUACAUCAUGACUGGUCAUCUAACGACAAAGAGCGAUGUGUAUAGCUAUGGUGUGGUGCUGCUGGAGCUACUAACCGGACGGAAAGCCGUGGAUAAGAAGAGACCGCCGCGAGAGCAAAACCUAGUGGAAUGGGCUCGGCCAUGCCUACAUGACUCUCGCCGGCUCAACCGUGUCAUCGACAAAAGCUUGAACGGGCAGUACUCGACUCGAGCCGUACAAAAGGCUGCGGCCAUAGCGUAUCAGUGCUUGAGUGUUAGCCCUAAGUCUCGACCCCGGAUGUCAGCGGUUGUGGAGGCCCUGGAACCACUUCUGGCCAUGGAUGAUGGCAUUGUAGAGCCAUUUGUGUACAUGGCACCACCCGAGAGUAAAUAAAUGAAUCAAUAAUUUGUGUGGAGCAUAUGUACAAACAUGCCAUUCUCCAAUCCUUGCAAUCAAUUUAAAAUAUAGAAAAUUCUCCAUUUGCAUUUAGAAAUUUCAGCAUAUCCCUGUAUGCCUCUGAGUUUUUCUUAAGAGUAAAUUAUAUUGGUGAUACA